UCAAAUGGCUAUAGACUCAACAAAUGUUGAUUUAUUAAUAAUUAUUGGUUCUUCUUUACAAGUUCGCCCAGUUAGUCUAAUCCCCUAUAAUAUUGACAAUUCAAUACCUCAAAUUUUAAUUAAUCGAGAAUUGUUACCUAAUUAUACAGCAGAUGUAAAAUUACUUGGAGAUUGUGACAAAAUACUUUGUUUAUUGGCGAUGAGUUUAAAAGGUCAAAUUUGUGAAAAAAUGAUUCAAGGUUCUAUUUUAAAAUUUUUUGAAGAGUUUAGGUCCUGUUUAAUUUUUUUAUUGGGCAGCCCAUCAGUUGAGUCCGAUUUUGAUUUUCCGACUGACAAUGAGCCCAUUUUCAUCCGUUGAGCGGAUAUUAUGGAUAGAGAGGCCAAUUCCUCCAGCUGCAUCCUUUUUUUGGAUUUCAAUCUUU